GAUGGAUUCACACGGUCAUGGAAGUCAAAUUGCUUAUGCUGGGUAUGCAAAAAAAGAGAAGUACUUUGAUUUGCCACCAAAAUUGCGGGGUGGACCAGGUACCGAUUUUUUUUCGCGAAUCCAUUCACUUUCGCGAAUCCACGCACCUGACCCCGUGCCAGCACGGGGUCAGACUGCGGCGUUUCUAGCCCUGACGAGUAGGUGCUUCGUCAUUAACCGCCCGCCAUCCUAGGAUCCACACCACAACACCAACAGCCGCAUGAGGAGAACUCGACCACCAUGGCUCCCCAUGCGGAGUUCGACAUCGAGCAGAUCAGAGAAAAGGGCCGCAAGGACAUCUUGUAUCUCUUAGAAUCAGUCCGCGGAAAGAAGAAUAUUGUGAUUGAGAAGAGCUUGGCUGGUCCACUUAACGCCUUUGUCGGAGCGUCAACUUUGCGCGACUAUGGUGCCGAUAACUUCUUCUUUCUUGAGAACAACAACACCGACUCGAGCCAGCGCAAUGUGGUCUUCAUUGCCCGGGGCGAACUGGCCCAUCAUGCUCACGCGAUAGCAGAUCAAAUAAAACGUCUACAGCAAGAGAGCCAGUCUCCCCACGAGUUCCACGUUUUUUGGGUACCCCGCCGAACGCUGGUUUCAGACAAGGUACUGGAGGAGGCCGGUGUCUUGGGCGAUACCAAUGUCGCCGAGCUACCACUAUACUUCUUCCCGCUUGACACCGAUGUCUUGUCCCUCGAGCUAAACGACUCGUUCAGAGACCUGUACCUCGCGAAGGACCCCACACCAGUCUUUCUGCUUUCCAAGGCCUUGAUGGGUAUUCAACAAAAGCAUGGCCUCUUUCCCAGGAUCGUUGGCAAAGGCGAAAACGCUAAGAGAGUCGCUGAAUUAUUGUCUCGUAUGCGACAUGAAAUUCUCGCUGGCGAAGAAGCAGCCGAAGGGGACAAGGUCGGCCUGUCGCCUAGCACCACCAACGAGAGUGUUAUCAUCAUUGACCGUGAAGUUGACUUUGUCACACCCCUUCUGACACAGCUGACCUACGAGGGUUUGAUCGACGAGGUAUUCGGUGUCCAAAAUAACCAGGCCGAUGUGGACUCGACGAUCAUCGGCGCACAGCCGGAACCACAAGGCUCAACUACCGCCGCCGCUGCCGUCGUGAACAACGGGCCUUCGCGCAAGCGCAAAGUCCAACUUGAUUCCUCCGACAAGUUGUUUGAGCAAUUGCGCGAUGCAAAUUUUGCAAUUGUCGGAAGUCUUUUGAACAAGAUUGCUCGUCGCUUAAAGAGUGACUAUGAGAGUAGACAUAGCUCCAAGACAACAGCGGAGCUCAAAGAUUUUGUCUCGAAACUUCCGGGAUACCAGGCCGAACAGAAGAGCCUCAAGAUUCAUACCGGCUUGGCGGAGGAGAUUAUGAAGUAUACUCGCACGGAACAUUUCAGCAAAAUGCUAGAGGUUCAGCAGAAUCUCGCAGCCGGAGCAGAUCCAUCAUCCCAGUUUGAAGCGAUUGAAGAACUAAUAGCACGCGACGUCCCACUGCCGCAAGUAUUGCGAUUACUAUGCGUGUAUUCAUGUAUCUCGGGCGGGAUCAAGACGAAGGAGUUCGAUCACUUUCGGCGCCUUAUACUGCAAGGAUAUGGCUAUCAACACAUACUCACACUCCAUAACCUAGAAAAGCUUCAGAUGUUCCUCUCGAGGUCGUCCCCUCUGGCAUCCAUGAUCCCCAUGACUGGAUCUGUUGGGGCGACGGGAACGAAGACCAACUACACAUAUUUACGGAAGCAACUGCGACUCAUUGUCGACGAGGUCAACGAGCAGGAUCCCAACGAUAUUGCCUACGUCUACAGCGGCUAUGCGCCUCUUUCAAUACGCCUUGUUCAGUGCAUCCUUCAGAAGCAGUAUUUGCUCUCAAUCACAAAAGGAGCAGCUGCCACCAACACAGCCGGACCAGCUGCAGGAGGCGCACAGGGAUGGCGUGGGUUCGACGACGCUGUCAAGCAUGCCCGAGGUCCGACAUUUGAUGAGGUGCAAAAGGGCGAGGACAAGGCUGUCAAGGCUCGGGCGCUGUUGUCCGGUAACGACGGCCAGAAAACAGUGUUUGUCGUGUUCGUUGGCGGUAUCAGCUUCAGUGAGAUUGCGGCUCUUCGGUUCAUUGCGAAGAAAGAAGAAGGUAUGUCGCUAUUCUAUGUCUCCAUCGGUGUGCUCAAGCUGGCCGCAGAAGCACAAGAAGCCAAUCGAUCACUAACUGGGGUGUCACGAACAUUAGGUCGGAGGAAAAUUGUCAUCUGCACAACGUCCAUUAUUAGCGGAAACAAGAUGAUGGAGGCCGCGAUCGAGAAUGGGACAUUCGGUACCGAGAGCCUGCAACAGGAGUCGGAUAGUUGAUAUUGGAGGGUUGAUUGAUACUUGAUUCUGGUCGGGGGAACAUCCACAACAGACGCGGAAUACAGAAGCAUACCAUGACCACAGUUGGGAAAGUCUAGGCUGUGCUCAUAAUACGUAGAUGGAGUGAAGGGAGUCAUUGACGAUGAUUGCUGCGAACCAGAAGGCAUACUGGCUUGGAAGAGAACAUGAGCCCUCUCCCAUUCACAGGGAUUGUUAUCCUCUCUCUGCGCCUCACGUGAUUGGACCACGGACCUUGAUUACUCGUAAUAACGCGCAAUGGCUGAAAAGAAC